AUGUCUGAAACUGCUUUCGCCCAGACAUUUCUCUCAUCGCUCGAGUCGCGACCUGUUCGACUAUCAGCCGAUCAUGUCGAAGACCCCAAAUCCUUCCCAGCUCGACCACCCUACAUCAUCCCCCGUAUGCCAAAUGCUAUGAGCAAGCCUAACAACCUGGCCCCUGGUUCCGAACGAAGCAUCACUGUCUCGCUCAAGUCUCUUCGUAACCCUCCCCUGAGCAUCAAGCUUACCUCUCAGCCCCUCGAUACAUCGAUCCUGGACAUCAAGAACAACAUUCAGAGGCAGACAAGGAUACCCGCUACCAAGACGAAGCUUCUACAUAACAAGAAGCCUAUUCCCGACAGUAAAAUCCUCAAGGAACUUUUGGGUGAGACAGAUAUGUCUAUUGAGUUUACCGUCAUGGUCAUUGGCGGGGCUGCUGCCAUCCCACCUGAGGAGCCUGAGGCCGCCCCUGAGGCCCAACCUACAGGCGCACAUGCGCUGCAGACGGAUGCGUUCUGGAGCGACCUGAAGGGUUUCCUGAUGCAGAGAUUAAAGGAUGAGUCUGAGGCGGAGCGCCUUUCAGGUCUUUUCAAAUCAAGUUGGCAAUCGAACCAGGCAAAUCCAUAG